AUGGCGAACUCGAGAUUUGAGUAUGUCAAGGCUUUCGAGCAGGCAGACUAUUUGCUGCCCAACACGUGGAUAGUCGUCAGAAUAGACGGACGUGGAUUCACCAAGCUCUGCACAAAGUAUGGAUUUGAAAAGCCCAAUGAUCGCCGGGCCCUGGAUCUCAUGAAUGCCGCCGCAAAAGCCGUCAUGACUGAGCUUCCCGACAUCACCAUUGGCUAUGGUGUCAGUGACGAGUUCAGCUUUGUAUUUCAUAAAACAUGCACGUUAUUUGAACGGAGAUCAAGCAAACUGGUUUCUACUAUUGUUUCCACGUUCACGGCUUACUAUGUCCACCUAUGGUCGACGUAUUUCACCGAUAUGCCUCUGUCACCUCCCUUCCCUAGCUUCGAUGGGCGAGCUGUAUGCUACCCAAGUGUGCAAAACUUGCGAGACUACAUGAGCUGGAGACAAGUUGACUGCCACAUCAACAACCUGUAUAACACGACCUUUUGGUCGCUGGUCCAACUUGGCGGCAUGUCGGGAACGGAAGCCGAGAAGUUCCUAGCAGGCACCGUUUCGGCCGACAAGAACGAGAUCCUUUUCUCGAGGUUUCAUAUCAAUUACAACAAUGAGCCAGAGAUAUACAAGAAGGGCAGUGUCGUAAUUCGAGAUUAUGAGCUCGUCGACCCGGGCACUCAUAACGCCGCAGAAGUGGCAGAUGAUAUUGCCGAGCCAGUGAAACAGUCCAAGACCCAGGAGGAGAAUGACAGGAAGCGAAGAGCCAAGGCGCGGGUGAUGGUGGAACAUCUUGAUAUCAUCAAAGAUGACUUUUGGGACAGACGACCUUGGCUUCUGUCCAACAAGCCUGGCAAGGUACCGAAGCAGACAUGA